GGACACGGGCCGGGCUUCCCGGGAGGCUGAGGCCCGAGGACCGCGGUUCAGGGCCCGGCGGGAGCCCGGGGCUGGGACCGCGGGCUCUGCCCACCCUCUCCCGUCUCUCCUCAGGCUUCCGUCCCGAAGUUCGAGAAGGUUCCGUGGCUGAGCGAAGCGAGCAUCAUGAACAAGCCGCUGGUGCUCAGCCUCCCGAAGAGAUCCCCUCACUUCUCCGCCACUUCCUUCAGGAAGAACCUGGGCUUGCCAAUUCUGCUUCAAGUUCCCAGUGACUUAUGGAAGGACAAGAACCAGAGCAAUGUCAUGCUGCUCAGAAGAAAGCCGCUGUGUCCUGCGUGUCAAGAAAUAAAAAUGGUACAACCAACAAUUCUGGAAAUCCCAGAUGAUCUGAAACUGUCUUUUGAGAAACUUAUGUGUCAUAGAGCGAUGAAUCCUCAUCAAUCCAAAACCCCGGAGUCUGAGUCUUCCCAAAACGACAUCUCCACAGAGAGCAUUCACUACAGACUGCCCCUCAUGGGCCCCCGGACAGCUGUCUUCCACGGGCUGCUGUCAGAUACCUACCGAGCUCUGGAGAAAACCCAGAGCUCCUCACGCAGAAAGGCACCAGUGGGAAAGACCGUGAAGCAAUGAGUGGCCGACUUCCAGGGACCAAACAGCUCCCCAGCCGCCUCUACCCCAGGGCCUCUGCGCAGUCUCUUCAACUUUGGCAUGACGCUUGCUGAUACGCUGGGCCUUGACACCUGCUUUCUAAUCCUUCCUACAGAGACAAGACAAUUUAACCGCCUGGAGAUAAGGAUUUAUUGAU